AUGAUAAUGCGCUCCCCGUGGCAAGCGGCCUUUGUCGGCCUCUCCCUGCUGGGCUCCCUCGUCACGGCCGUCAACCUCACCGGCUAUGAAUACGUCGUCGUCGGAUCCGGAGCCGGCGGCGGGCCUUUGGCCGCCCGGCUGGCCAUGGCCGGCCACAAAACACUCCUCAUCGAAGCCGGCGACGACCAGGGCAACAACUCCAACUACACCGUCCCCUCGUACUCUGCCAAGGCGUCCGAGGACGAGAAGCUCGCGUGGAACUUCUUUGUGCGCCACUACACCGACGAUGCCCGCCAGGCGCGCGACUACAAGACGUCGUACCAGACGCCCGAUGGGAGGCUGUACACCGGGCUGGACCCCCCCUCGGGCUCAAAGAUGCUCGGGACGCUGUAUCCUCGGACCGGGACGCUGGGCGGGUGCACCGCCCACAACGCCCUGGUGGCCAUCUACCCCCAUCGCUCCGACUUUGAGUACAUUGCCUCGCUGACGGGCGACAGCUCCUGGGCGCCCGACAAGAUGCGCAAGUACUUUGUCAAGAUGGAGAAGAACAGGUACCUGCUGCCGCUGGCCAAGGGCCACGGGUACAACGGCUGGCUGGACACGGACCGCGCGCCGCUCACGAUCCCCCUCGAGGACCCCAAGCUGCUCAGCCUGAUCACGGGCGGCAGCUUCGCCCUGGGCAACUACUCGCGGCUGCUGCCCAACCUGCUCGACGUGCUCGUGGGCGACGCCAACGAGGACUCGGAGGCCCGCGACAGGGACGGCGGGUACUUCCAGUUUGUGGUCGCCGUGCGAGACGCCAAGAACGGCGACGGCUCCAAGAAGUACCCCCUCGACGUGCGGAUGAACUGCCACGUCACGAGGGUCGUCUUUGACGAGGCGGGCGACGAGCCCCGGGCCACGGGGGUCGAGUUCCUCGACGGGGCGUACCUGUACAAGGCCAGCCCGCGGUCAGGCUCGGCGGCCAGGGGCGUGCCCGGGUCGGCCACGGCCUCCAAGGAGGUCAUUGUCGCCGGGGGCGCGUACAACUCGCCGCAGAUCCUCAAGCUCAGCGGCGUCGGGCCGGCGUCGGAGCUCGCGCGGUUCGGCAUCAGGGUCGUCAAGGACCUGCCCGGCGUGGGCACCAACCUCCAGGACCACUACGAGGUGGCCGUCCAGGGCCGCAUCCCGUCCGAAUGGGGGUUCCUCAAGGGCUGCACCUUCUCCGACGACAACGACCCGUGCCUGGACCGCUGGCGGCACCCGUUCCUCGGCAGCCGCGGCGCCUACGUGUCCAACGGCUUCGCGGCCGCCAUGCUCAUGAAGUCGUCGCGGGCGAGCGAGUACGACGCCUUCAUCUUUGGCGGGCCCAUCAACUUCCGCGGCUACUUCCCCGGCUACAGCUACAACAUCACGGCCGACCACGACGUCUUCACCUGGGCCAUCCUCAAGGGCCACCCGCGCAACACGGCCGGCCACGUGCGCCUGCUCAGCGCCGACCCGCUCGACGUCCCCGAGAUUGUCUACAACUACUUUGACACGGGCAGCGGCGACAGCGCGGCCGACCUGACGGCCAUCCGCGAGGCCAUUGGCGUCGCGCGCGCCGCCUUCCGCAGGCAGCCGGUCAGGGUCGACGAGGUGCUGCCGGGCGCCGCCGUCCAGUCCGCCGCCGACGUCGAGACGUACGCCAAGGACACGGCCUGGGGCCACCACGCGUCGUCGACGUGCCCCAUUGGCGCUGACAACGACCCCAUGGCCGUCCUGGACUCGAGCUUCCGCGUGAGGGGCGUCAAGGGCCUGAGGGUCGUGGAUGCAUCCGUCUACCCCAGGAUCCCGGGGACCUUUACUGCCGUGUCGACGUACAUGGUGGGCGAGAAGGCGGCCGACGUUAUCCUGAGCCAGAAUAGGUAG